CGCAUCGCGUGCACAGUAACCAUAGCGACGGAGCGCUCGAGCGGCUGAAACUCAGACGUUUGUAAAGUUUUGCUGCGUUUAAGACGUGUUUUAUUCGGAGCUUCUGUGACGAUGGGUUUGGCUCUCACACGAUCACUUCAGUGGAGCAGACCUGAUUACUCAGGUUCCUCCAAGCUGGAGGACACGGCACUGAACGAGACUUUACUGAAACACAUUGUUCACUUCGUGGAGCAGUUUAGCAACAAACAUCCACACGAUGACACGCUACCAUUUACUGAACCUCUGCAGUGGAAGACCUCACUACAACCGGCUGAUUUUCAGUCCGAAUACAACAUCAGCGACUCUUCGGUGGAGUCGCAGGAAACCGAUAAAGAUGGACGUCCUCUUCUCCUCAUGACUCCUCCUGACAUCUCCGUGCGCAGCUUCAGUCAACUCUCCAAGUUGAUGCUGCUGCUGGCUGAUGAUCGAAAACUCCAGGAGGUUCAGGCUUGUUUAGAAGCUAACAGGAACCCUGCUGGGAAAAUCCUGGGGUCAAACGUCAGCACGGAGGAAGGACGAGAAUCAUCUGAGAGCAAAAUCCGUCUCCAGGUCCUCCUGCAGCAGUUGGACACGCAGCUACUCGACAGUUCUGUCCAGCACUUCUCACAGGAUGUCAGGCUGACUCCUGCCGCUGUAAAACAUGAAGUCGAGCUGCUGCAGGGUUUGUGUGGUGAAAAGCAACGGCUGAAAUCUGUGCACUACACGUCAGAUCACGAGUUCAGCAACGGCUGCCGCUCACCUCCGUGGAGGCAGGUGCACGGAGAGAUCGCUCAUCUCGUCGUCGAGACCUGCGACACAGGGUCGCUCUUCAUCACCUGCAGCACAGACGGAGUCUUCCUCAACGCAGGUGUCGGUCCUGACGGAGACGAGAACUCGUAUGACAGGAAAAGUCAAGUGUACGGAGACCUGGUCACACUUCUGAAGGACACGUCUCCUCACUUCACCGAUGACAUCAGGAAGCAGGACUUUCAAGAAGAACCUCAGACCACUCAGAAAAUCCCACAUGUGGAAGCCGUUGAUCUGGAGGAAGCCGGCCAAACCCUGAGGUCUUACGAGCGCCGGGAAAAAAAUGUGCAGGGAAAGCCGGGGCAACAGCUCACGCCGAACAAGAACUUAGAACCAUCUUUGGCGUGGAAGAACCUCGGCGUGACGUCCCCUCAUGAUGAGAUUCGGAGGAAGACUCCCAAAACACCAAUCAGGAGAACUCGCACCUCCAGAUCCCCUCUGAUACUGCCCACCUCCACCUGUACCACCACUCCCAAAGUGAGUCCAGGUGGAGGAACAGGAGCUGAAGAUUUUAGUGAGAGCUCUUCUGAGAGCGAGGAUGAUGAAGACCAGACUGAGAGACGGGGAGAGAGUCACGCUGAUGUUCCCUCUGAAUACUGGCACAUUCAGAAACUAGUCAAGUACCUGAAGGGAGGUAAUCAGACAGCUACAGUGAUCGCUCUAUGCUCAAUGCGAGACUGUAAUCUGGCUCAGGAGGCGUGUCAGCUGGCCAUCAGAGACGUGGGAGGGCUGGAGGUCCUUAUCAACCUGCUGAACACUGACGAGCUGAAGUGUAAAAUCGGUUCUCUGAAGAUCCUGAAGGAAAUCAGUCGCAGCUCUCAGAUCAGAAGGGCCAUCGCUGAUUUAGGGGGACUGCAGACCAUGGUGUCCAUCCUGAACUCUCCUGAUAAAGAGCUGAAGUGCCUGGCAGCCGAGACCAUCGCCAACGUGGCCAAGUUCAGGCGAGCACGCAGGACCGUGCGGCAGUACAGAGGCAUCCAGAGACUUGUGGAGCUGCUGGACUGCGUCCCUAACGCGACGACUCUGAGCGCGGAGCAGGAGAAGGACGUGGAGGUGGCUCGCUGCGGUGCUCUGGCUCUGUGGAGCUGCAGUAAGAGCACCAGGAACAAGGAGGCCAUCCGUAAAGCCGGGGGGAUCCCUAUGCUCGCCCGCCUGCUCAAAUCCCCACAGAAGAACAUGCUCAUCCCUGUGGUCGGCACGCUGCAGGAGUGCGCCUCUGAGAGGAGCUACAGGAUUGCAAUACAGAGCGAAGGAAUGAUCGAGGAUUUGGUGAAGAACCUUAGCUGCGACAACCAGGAGCUUCAGAUGCACUGCGCGAGUGCCAUCUUCAAGUGCGCGGAGGAUAAGCAGACACGGGACCUCGUGCGGCAGUAUAACGGCCUGCAGUCGCUGGUCACUUUACUGAAACAAGCUGACAACAAGCAACUGCUCGCUGCCACCACCGGGGCCAUCUGGAAAUGUUCCAUCAGCAUGGAGAACGUCGCCAAGUUUGAGGAGUAUAAGACAUUGCAGAUGCUGGUGGCUUUACUGUCAGAUCAACCUGAAGAAGUGUUGGUCAACGUGGUGGGAGCUCUAGGAGAGUGCGCCCAAAGACCCAUAAACCGUACCACCAUCCGAAAGUGCGGUGGCAUCCCUCCACUGGUCAGCCUGCUCACAGGAACCAACCAGGCCCUGCUCGUCAAUGUCACCAGGGCCGUAGGAGCCUGCGCCUCGGAGCCACAGAGCAUGGAGAUCAUCGAUGGUCUGGAUGGAGUUCGUCUCCUCUGGUCCUUGCUGAAGAACCCAAACCCCGUGGUUCAGGCCAGCGCUGCUUGGGCCAUCUGUCCCUGUAUAGAGAAUGCAAAGGAUGCUGGAGAAAUGGUACGAUCCUUUGUGGGCGGCUUGGAGCUGAUCGUUAAUCUGCUGAAAUCUCAGAACUUGGAGGUGUUGGCCAGCGUGUGUGCAGCCAUAUCCAAAAUCGCCAAGGACGAGGAGAACCUGGCCGUCAUCACUGACCACGGUGUCGUAGCCAUGCUGUCCAACCUCACCAACACUACAGACAAUAAGUUACGGAGGUAUCUGUCCGAAGCCAUCGCUCGCUGCUGCAUGUGGGGUUCUAACCGUGUGGCGUUCGGCGAGGCCGGAGCCGUGGCUCCUCUAGUGCGCUACCUGUGCUCUAAAGAUCACGAGGUGCACCAAGCCACGGCUCAGGCCCUCUAUCAGCUCUCCAGAGACCCAAACAACUGCAUCACCAUGCACCAGAGCGGUGUCGUCAAGUUCCUGCUCGGCAUGAUGGGAUCUACAGACGAGACGCUGCAGGAGGCGGCGGCCAGCUGUGUGGCGAACAUCCGCCGCCUGGCGCUGGCCAAUGAGAAGGCCAGGUACGGGUAAAAAUGUAAAAAAU